GCAACGGUGGCAACAAGUGAAAUAAUACCACAAGUGAAUUAUUAUUUCAAUAACAAUGCGCAUUGUUAAUUCCUUUGUAUUAGAAUUGCGUGAGUAUAAAGGAAUAAGCAUUGUGACGCGAAUAAAAUUUGAUAAUUCAGCAACUAGUGAGAAUCUCAAUGAAUUGAAGGGCUACCAUGGGUUGACCAAAGAACAUUGGCAAAACUUGGAUACAGAGUUGGCAAAGCUAUUUUAUAAUUUUUCAGAUGAGGCACUAAAAGAUUGUCAAUUCAGAGAAAAAGUACUGAAACUUGACGAAUAUCGGGUUGAGAUCACAAUUUCGUCAAUAUCUAUGAAAGCUCUUUUGGCUUGCUUGGGUCAUGCCACGUUUGAAAAUAAAACUAAAACAAUAGCAUUGGACUUGUUUAUUCGGCGUCGAGAAAAAGUGAAGAAAGCAUCGCGGCGUCUAAAGAUGUUAGUUUCUCCAACUUGUAGCGCUGCUGCUGAAUUAGAGUAUUGUCCUCAACCUGUUUCAAACGUAAGCCCGUGUAUUGAAUCUAAUUGCUUGCUUUAUGUGCCAUCUAAGAUUGAAAAUAAAGCAUCGAAUUCAAAUCCAGUAAAUAUAGAUUUAGAUGACGAAGAACGUUACUCACCUGAAUUGAAGAAAGAAUACCACUUGCCAGUAUAUAAACCUAUGCCCAUUAAAAAGGACUCCAACCAAUUACCUUACACGAGCAAGAAAAAACAAAAGAUGAAUAUUGUUAUGAAUAAAUUAGAUACGGCUGGAAAUAAUCUAUUAAUUGAUAACCAAAUCGCCACGCAUCAUAUAUUGGUUACUGAAGAAAAUAAUUUUUUCAUGUUAAAAGAGAAUUUAAAUGCUUCAAAACAUCAAAAUUGUCAGCCGGACAACAAUCAGCUCAGAUAUAUACAAUCGCAGAAAGAUGUGCUAAAAUCACAACGGAUUGAAUUAGACAAGAGAGAUAAUGAGAGUCAAGAAGAAGAUUUGAGUAAACGAAAGAAAUAUACUAGCCUAAAAAAACGUGAAGAUACUAAUCAGGUUUUAAAAACAGAUUGUAUUGAAAAAGGGAGGGCAGUUUCCAAAACCAUGAAGGAAAUUUUCGGAUCUGAACCAGAAAGCGACGAGUCUUAAAAACUCAUUGAAAUAAGUCGAAAACUUAGAAAAUGCUACACAAAUGAAAUCGUUGUAGAAUGAGUUCACCGAGGAGCUGUUAUAAUUUGCUCUAGUGUAAAGGAAAGACUUAAGUAGCAGCAACAUAUACGCAUCUAUCUGCAGUCAAGUCUAAAAAGCUUUACUGUUUACUGAAUCAAUAUCGUCAUAUUAUUGUCGAAGCAAAUAA